UCUAGUUCAAAGUGUGUCACGUGACUUUCUCUCCAUCGCCGCCAUUUUGAGAGCAAUGUGUGCAUGUAUGUGUGUUGAAGAGUUUCAAGAUUUUUUUUAUGUAACACCAAAUGGAAGGAGCAAAGUUUACUGUUUGCAGAGGACAAAGAUCAAUAAGAAUUGCUUGACUAGUGAAGCAUGGAAGAGAACAAUGAUAAAUCACUGCUUAUAUCACAAGCUGGGAGUCAGGACACCAUGCUGAUAACAGACAGAACUGGUAGCCCUCGAUUGCAGGGCUCUGAUGACAAAGAAAAACAUAAUGCAACGGACUCGCUCAUCCAAGUCAUUGAGAAGCUAAGCAAAAUAGUAGAAAGUAAAAGGCAGAGGAGAUGUUCCAUUGCUGGGAAAAAACGGGCUCAUCUUCUUUAUCCUUCUUUGGACAUGGAAACAAGAGAGAUAUCUGAAACUGCUGCUAAAAUUGUUAGGUGUGAUGACCCAUCUGCUAAUGAAUACUGUUUCACAGAAGAUUCACAGGAUGUCUCUUCUAGAAAUGUUAGCUGUUAUGUUUGUAGCCUUUGUAAAUUCCUUUUCCCAUCAUUAGAAAUUUUAAAGGAACAUUUAAAGCUGCAUGAUACACAAAAUGAGGUGAUUCUUGUGUGCUCAGAGUGCUGUUUUACUUCCAGAAGUCAGGAGGAUCUAGAGUCACACAUAAAAAUUCAUUUAGAAAGUGUUGAACAUAAUGCAAAUGUAGGUCAACAUCCGCUGCACCCCAUUCAAAAUCUGAAUAUUUCCAGUGAACAAGGGAAUGUUCUGGUGUAUGCAGGAGAUAUUGGGAGUUUGAAAUUAGAUCAGAGUGAGAGAAAAGCAAAUCUAGAAUCUGUGGAAGCAGGGCCAGAAAAAAAGAAAUGGUAUACUUAUGAGCAAUAUGGUAUGUACAGAUGUUUGAUCUGUAGCUACACAUGUAGUCAACAGCGUAUGCUAAAAACUCAUGCAUGGAAACAUGCUGGUGAAGUUGAUUGUUCCUAUCCAAUAUUUGAAGAUGAAUCUGAGGCUACAGGUGUACUGGAUGUAACCUCGGUUCCACAAACUCAGACAGAGGAAGCUGUUAUUCUUUUGGCUCAAUUAAGCAAAACUACAGACCUUGAAAGGGCAACUCCUGUUCAGUUUCAGAUUAGCUCUUCAGAUUCUGUGAGGGAAAAAAAACCUGUUUUGAGUCAGUCAGAGAAUGAAACCUCGGAUCAUAUGAUGAAUCAUGUAAUUCUUCCUAAUCCACCAGAUGAAGAAGUAGUAACCGAGGAAGAGACUGCAUCAGAAUCGGACCUGGAAAAUGCAACCUCUGAUAGCCUUCUUUCCUCUGCUCAUAAGAUCAUCAGUUGCAGCCCUAACAAAGCUGGCCAUGUUAAUGUUAUUGUAGAGCGCCUACCAGGGGCUGAAGAGUGUGUUUCUAGUAAGCAGUUUUUAAUUAAUACAGACAUUGAAGAUGACAAGAGACUUAUCACUGAAGAUUCAAGGCUAGCAUAUUAUGAGGAUGUUGCAGAAGUGUUUCAGUCCAACAAAGAUGCUGUUGCUGUAGAGGAAGUAGUAAUAGGGUGGUGCAAUAAUGAAAAGCAAACUGAAGAUGGAGAAUCAAAAGUCUUGACUACUGCAGAUGAAAAUACACCUCCAGUCCGCAGGAGGACCCACUCAGAAUCAUUAAGAUUGCACUCCUUGGCUGCUGAAGCACUUGUUGCAAUGCCUACACGAACUCCUGAAGUAAUGAAAAGCAUUGCUGAGCUAAAUGUUCAGCAUCCUAAUACAGAAGGAUUUAUUGAUUUAUCUAACACUUCACAGCAGAAGCUUGCCGCUACUAUUAAGUGUUCUUUGGAGGAGGGUGUAAGAGAUGAUGGCACAGUACUGAUGGAUUCAGAAUUGCAAUCAAAAGCCAAAUCUACCACAUCAGAGGUACCUGUCAAAAUGGGAAUCAGCAUGUCAUUGCUUACUGUAAUUGAGAAGCUUAGGGAGCGAACAGAUCAGAAUGCUUCAGAUGAUGACAUUUUAAAGGAGUUGAAGGAUAAUGCCCAGAGCCAGCCAAAUAAUGAUGCAAAUUUGUCUGGGAAUAACUUGGUGGAAUAUAUUCCAGAAAGUGAAAGACCAUACCGCUGUCGCCUGUGCCGUUAUACUAGUGGCAAUAAGGGUUACAUUAAGCAGCACCUCAGGGUACAUCGUCAAAGGCAACCAUACCAGUGUCCCAUUUGUGAGCAUAUUGCAGAGGAUAGCAAAGAUCUGGAGAAUCACAUGAUAAACCACUGCAAGACAAGGAUGUACCAUUGUAAGCAGUGUCAAGAAACCUUUUAUUAUAAGAGCCAGCUGAGAGCUCAUGAAAGAGAAAAGCAUGAUUUACAUGAAACCUUACCCUCUUCCUCUUCUGCUAAAGAAAGUAAAGCACCAGUCAGUCCUUCACAAGACAAGAGUGAUGAUGAAGAAUUAUGCAACACCCAGAAAGUAUACAAAUGUGACAUUUGUGACUAUACUAGCUCAACCUACGUUGGUGUUCGAAACCACAGAAGAAUACACAGCUCUGAUAAACCUUAUAGGUGCAGUAGUUGUGACUUUGCAACAACAAACAUGAACAGUUUAAAAAGCCAUAUGAGGCGCCAUCCUCAGGAGCUCCAGGCAGUGCAGCUAAUAGAGCAAUACAGAUGCUCACUUUGUGGUUAUGUUUGUAGUCAUCCUCCAUCUUUAAAGUCUCAUAUGUGGAAACAUGCUGGUGAUCAAAAUUAUAAUUAUGAGCAAGUCAACAGAGCCAUUAAUGAUGCUAUUUCACAGAGCAGUAGAUCUCAGUGUGCUGCUUCUAAAAGGAUACUGUGUGAACCUGCUGUUGAAAGUGCUUCUGCUAGUCCUGUGUGCAUUGAAAAGUCAGCAGCUGGUCUUGAAAUAACCACUGCAACUGAAGAAAACACAGUGGUUUCAGAUGGCUCAAAGAUGUUGGGUACAUCAAAAUCAUUACUUGCUCCUGACAAGACGGCACUUGGUCAACUUCGUGCGGGAAUGGAAUAUUGUGUCUUGCUGUUUUGUUGUUGCAUCUGUGGUUUUGAGUCUAUGAACAAGGAGCUAUUAAUGGAGCAUAUGAAGGAACAUGAAGGAGAGAUCAUCAGCAUUAUUCUGAACAAGGAGCAAAGUACUAAUGCAGCACAGAACAGUCCAAAGUAGUCCUUGAUUUUUGAAGAGCUACAAAGCAGUGAACCAACAGGAAGGCAGACAUGCUUCUGCAAGAAACUUCAUACAAAACCUUAUUAAUAAAAUCUGUCCUUCUCAUGAGGAAGUAAAACACAUCAGUAAUUUCAUUUUUAAGCUGUAGUGCAGUGUCUUUUAAAGAAAUGUUAAUUCAGUUUGUUUUCUGUGAAACACUUUACUUUUUAUAAGGCUAGUUGCCUGUGACAAUUUAUUUACCCUUCCACAUAGUAAAAUACAUAAAUUUUCUGUAUGGCAUUUAAUGUAAAAUUCUAUAACUAAACUGCUAUUGUUGUAUGAUCUAAGCAGAUUUUUUUUUGUAUGGCCGUGCCACAAUUGGGCUGUUAAUUGGAUUUUAAAAAAACACACAGACUUAUUUAAACAGGUUUACUAGUUUUAUUUUUCCUAAAGUAGUAAAGGGGCAGCUUUCUACAGGUUACUGUAAAAUAUCCAUGUUAAAGUUACAUUUUACUGUACAGACACUUUGGAAACUAUUUAUGUGGAUGAAUACUGUACCAUAUUUUGGUAUUUAUUUUUAUUUAUGCACAUUUUGUAUAGUUUUUAUAGAGUUUUCUCCCCAUGGUGCUAUUUUUUUAAAAUACAUCGUAGAAGACUGAAGUUCUUAUUACAGGACUGUGGAAUUAUCAGUGUUUAAUCUUUUUAAAGAAUGUAUAUUUAAAUAAUGGGCUUUGUUUUCACAAAAAGUGGAAAUUUAAAAUCUUCACAAAAAAAUUGAAAUUGCUUGUGACUCAGUAGUUUAGUGGUAUUUAUGUUGUAUGCAUGGUCUAGGUUUUUUUUUUAAUAUAAACUUAUUUGCUUUGUCAUUUUUAAUUUUAAAUCUCCACACACACCUAUAGUUUGGGUUCCUGUUACCAUGUUAAUUUAGAUCUGGAAAAAUGCUUACUGCAGUAUUUAAAGCUUCAAAAAGUUUAGUUAUUGUUUAAUUCUUAUUGCCUUACUGCUAUAUUGUGUGCAUUAUUUUUUUAAUUACAUGUAAACUACUAUUGUUAACAUAGCAUUGUGUUUCCUUGCAGCUGGAAUUCAGAAAACUGUUUUGUAAAAAAAAUCAAAA